CUGUACCUCUUGCAUGGCAAAUAUAUAAUCUUGUUCGCAUUACCUUCGACAUCUCUACUCUAACCCUCACCUCUCCCAAACAUAACUAUCUUACAACAGCAAUGGUGGUCUUCAGGACCCAUAAAGCCGAGAUCCUCCCCGCUUAUACAACCUGCCCCCUCUCUCUCGACGUCCUCGAUACCGUCCACAAGUCCUUCGCCAUUGGCGCCUUCGCACGCUUCCAUCCCACCGUCGACCUAUUCAUCCACGACCGGCCCGACUUCCACAACAAGCCUCACCAUAAGAUCCGCGACACCCUCGACGCGGAGGGUCAGACCGGGCCUUUCCUGCUGCUUGAAGAGCUCACAGAAGAGCAGGACGCCGUGUGGUACAUCACCAGUACCGAAGCGGCCGAAGCCGAAGCCGAAAAUGGCGAGGAGAGCUUCAAACAAUAUGAGGGCGAGACACCGCUUCUGAGGAUGUGGAUUAAGGUCGCUGAUGUGCCGCUUGAGCACGUCAAUCUCGAUAUCGGGAACUCCAACAUUCUGGAAGCGAUGGAGUCUACAGGCCUAGAAUAUCCCUACGACCCGCAUGCCGAACAGCUUGAAGCAUUUACUCUGGGUGCUGAUUUUGAAACUGAUCAUAGUUAUAUCCCGCCCGCUUUUAUCAUUGCGGGAGACGAUGAGGUAGAGGUUAGCUAUGAUCUUAAAGAUAGGGAGCAUAUCUCGCUUGGUCGGGGCCCACCGGAUAUGGUAGUAAGGCUGAAGGAGGAGGUUGCUGUGCGAGAGGGUCUGAAGGUUCAAUGGCAUCCGAGUAGUAGGAACGAAGAUGGGACAUGGAACCUUCAGACUGUGUAUGACCCAGAAAGCGAGAAAUGGCGACGACAUAUGCCUUUGCAGCGAUAAGUGCCAGGCAUAGGUUACGGUGAGAGAACGGGCGCAUAUCCUAGCUUAAAUUUCAUGUCCUAAAUUGAACUUAAAUCUGAACCGAGCAGAUCUCCUUUGAAAACAAUCUCUGUUCGCUUCAAAACAAAAUAGUAUGUGGAAUCUCGAUGCUCCAGAAUACCCCAAUGAUCUCCGCAAGGACUGCUCCUAGAUCGUAAACACAAACCUCGGACUCUCAUCACCCAGCUCAUUGACCUCCUCGUCAGUCAUACCCGCAAUCUUCUCAUCCUCCUCACCUCGCGCUCUCCGCGCGUUUGCGCGCGUAAAAUAGAACCACAUAAAGCCAUACACAAGAGAAGCCCACGCGACCAUAGCCAGCGUGAUAG